AUGAAGAAAACUUCGAGUAAUUCUGAUUCAUCUCUAGAUCGCAUACGCUCUUGGGCACGAACCAAAGCGCAUGGCCCCUCUCCACUCUCCAAAGACUCCAGCAGACCUUCGAUCCUCCCCCUAAACCACACCCAAGAUCCCUCUACCUCGACGAGCAAAACCGUCUCCCAAAAUGAGCUCGACACUCUCCCUUCGACUGCAAAGAUCGUGCGGGAUUCAAGUACAUCCAACAACACCGCAGAUGUCGCAUCGACUGAUGGACCGCCACCAGCUCCACCUCCGCAAGCUGAUGGGCAGGGGACUGUCAUAGAGCCCGAGAAGGAAGAGAAACCCAAGAAAAAUGUCGCAACCAGAUUCUGGCUGACGAGCAAAUCUAUCGUACUUUCCAGCUACAUCAACUGGCUGCUGGUAUUCGUCCCGGUAGGUAUAGCAGCAGAGGCUGCGGGACUCAGUCCAGGCAUCAUCUUCGGGAUGAAUGCGAUUGCUAUCAUACCUCUGGCAGGCCUACUAAGUCACGCUACUGAGAGUGUGGCUAAGAGAAUGGGAGAUACGAUUGGUGCUCUAAUGAAUGUCACGUUUGGAAAUGCAGUGGAACUUAUCAUCUUCAUGUAUGUCUACCUCAGAAGAGAUCAAGACAAGAAAGUGCGAGAAGCCCUCUUAAAGGCAUUAUCAUAUCAAUCGCGUCCCAUAUCAUCUGUCCCAUUUCUUUUGUCUCCUAGUGCUCCCCUUGCCGUACCCCGUGAAGGUGAAAUUCGUAUUGUACAAGCAUCACUGCUUGGUUCGAUCCUUGCCAAUCUCCUCUUGAUCCUAGGUAUGAGUUUUCUGUUGGGUGGACUUCGUUUCCAGGAACAGAUCUACAAUAGCACUGUUACUCAGAUGAGUGCGUGUCUGCUCAGUUUGAGUGUCAUGAGCUUGCUUCUUCCGACGGCUUUUCAUGCCUCGUUCAGCACGGAGCAGUCCGAAAAAGCGACAUCAGCUGUUCUAAAGGUUUCUCGAGGAACAAGUGUGGUACUCCUCCUUGUCUAUGGUUUAUAUCUACUCUUCCAGCUCAAAUCGCACGCCUACAUGUACCAAAGUACACCACAGCAUAUCAUUGACGAAGAAUCUGCUCCAGGACCUGUGGCUCAAUGGAUGGAUUCGUCAUCAGAUUCGUCAAGCGAUUCUUCAAGCUCUGACUCGGACGACUCUAAAGGAUCUAACACAACCGCAAAACGUAUCAAGCGGGCCUUUACCGGCCGCCGCCGACGCAAGUCUAGCGCAGGAUCAGACGAAAAGGCAGCUGCAGCCGCAGUGGCGCGUACAAGGACGUCCUCUAUCGGUACUAGUUCUAUCAGUCCUGUGACCACCGAUGCUGUCGAGGAACCACAAACUCCGGGCCAUCGCUUUGGUGCAAUUGAUUUCUCCGAGGAUGCAGACGAUGAGAACCGACAGCGGAGCCGUCGUGGAUCUCAUGGCAGCAUGGUAUUUCCAUCUAUGAAAGAGCGUAAAGCUCUGAGGAGAGAAAAGGAACGCCGUCGGCAAGAAAGAAAAGAACUGAAGAGAGCCAGAAAGACCAAAGAAACCAUCACUGAAGGAGUCGAAUUAGGUCAAUCUAGUGGGAAGACUGAAGAAGGUCCAGCCGCACCUCGAAGGGUAGAUUUUGCCGUCGUUAACGAGGCCGAAUCUCAACCCGAAGCCGUUAAGCCAGUCCGAAUCUUUCCAAGUAUCAGUCUCCGACCGGCCAUACCCAAGACUUUUUCACAAAACGUCUUUACGAUGCCUGCUCCAACACCAGCUGCACCCGUUGGCGGACCUAUUCCUCGUGUCAAGAUGGGUAUUCGUCGAACCAACUCGCUUCCAGAUCGCCUCAACCAAACUUAUUCCGGACCAGCUCGUGCUUCAUCAAUUGGUACUACCACUCCUCAUGUGAACAGCACUACGAUCAUGGAUAACAAUGACACCGAUGAAGAAGAAAACAUCUCUCGUACUACUGCUGUUGUUCUGCUCCUUGUCUCUACUGGUCUUGUCGCCGUCUGCGCUGAGUUUAUGGUUGAUAGUAUUAAUGCUGUCGUUGAGGGUAACUCGGGUUUGAGUGAAACCUUCAUCGGUCUCAUUAUCCUGCCAAUCGUCGGUAACGCAGCUGAGCACGUCACCGCCGUCACGGUCGCCACCAAGAAUAAGAUGGAUCUUGCAAUUGGUGUUGCCGUCGGAUCAUCUAUUCAAAUUGCACUUUUCGUUACACCUUUCGUUGUCCUGCUUGGCUGGGCCAUGGGCAAAGAAAUGUCUCUCUACUUCACCCUCUUCGAGACCGUCUCACUGUUUGUCUCGGCUUUCAUCGUCAAUUUUUUGGUCCUGGAUGGUCGAUCGAAUUAUCUGGAAGGAGCCUUGCUGUGCGCGGCGUAUGUUAUUAUUGCUGUAGCGGCGUUCUUCUAUCCGCAGGUGGAGGAUCAGAGUAAUCUUGGUGGGAAUGAGGCUGCUGCGAAGAUGAUUAGGGGGUUGGUGGGGAUUUAA